GUACGGACUCUCAGAACAGCUGGGCAGCACAAUCAUUGAAAUCGACGAUCGUGAAAAGAAUAACAAACAACUGUUUGUUUGCUGCUCUACGAUCUAACCAUAACAAUUCAGUGCUGCCCGAAGUGUUCAUCAGUUAACUUAAGACAUCUAGCAUCAUGCCGGGGCCGGGGCUAAUACUUCACGACACAAUCUCUGUCAAGUCGCAGGGAGGUGAUUGCAAAAUUGAGCUCUGUUUUGGGGACAUCACAAAACUCAAGAAAAAGGACAAAGUGGAUGUCAUCUUUGUGUCUUCUUUUGGGAAUAACUAUGACAAGAUGCCAGGCACAGUGAUCGGCGCUCUGCAUGAGAACUUGGGCGUGGACGUCAAAGAGCUAUCUCUAGAUAAGGAAGAGGAUCUCCGCUCUCUCUACUCGUGCUGGUGGUCCAAGCCGCUACCUUCCAAGAUACCUUAUCACAGACUACUCUGCUUCGAAAGUAGAAGGCAUCGGUCAGGUCGCCCUCAGGAGUUGGUCGGCCACGCCUUCAGAUGCCUCGUGCCCAUCCUAAAGAACAAGGAUGCCAGCGUCAUCACACCAUUACUCAGCACAGGCAAUCAGGGCAUCGACCCUAAGGUCAUGUUGGAGGGCAUGGUCCACGCAGCGAUCAGCUGGGUCAAGGCUGGCCUUCCCAUCAGGCUCCUGAAGAUCGUCAUCUAUGCAAACAUCAAAGACGGACAGGCCACUAAUUUCUUUCGAGGUGUAGAUAAUAACAUCCUGGAAAAUUUUGCAGAGCUCAAGUCGAGAUACGAGUCGGCUAAUCUUAUUCCUCAGGAGGUAACCCUGGAAUACGACGUCUACCUCUCGUUCAGCGACAAGGACCAGGAGAUCGCAGACAAGAUCCAGGCCCAGCUCCAGGAGGAGAAAUCUGACAUCCGCAUCUUCACCGCCAGACAGAAGGUGGAUACGGAGGCCUUCUGGCAGGACCAGAUGUAUGACGUGGUCUCCAAGUCGGCCAGAGUCGUCACAGUCCUCAGCUCCAACUACCUGGCUUCGGAAUCCUGUCUGGAACAGUACAACAUCGCCCUCUGUUGUAACAGACAGGCACAUCGUAAUGUGCUGGCGCCCUUUUUUGUGGAGACAGUGACCCUUCCAACAUAUAUGGGUCUUGUGCAGUAUGCAGACUGCAGGGAGAACAUGGAUGCUAGCAUAGCCCAGGCCUGUGGUCAGUUGGUCAAAUCCCUCACUGCCACAGACAAAGUGGUCAAGGUUGCCACCACAGAUCCCAACCACUACGAUGUCUUUGUGUCGUAUUGCCAUGCCGACGCAGACCAGGCCACGCCCAUUGUCAGCCAGCUGCAGAAGCUAAACCCUGAGCUGAAGAUAUUUUAUGACAUACAGGAACUUAAGACUGGGCAUGAAUGGCAGCGUACCUUGUAUCAUUCAAUCGACGGGACAUCCUGUAUGAUAGCUCUCAUAUCACCCAACUAUCUCAAAUCAGCUGUGUGUAUGGAGGAGUAUAGCCUGGCACAAACUAAACAUCUCUCUCAAGACACCCUGCACCUGAUCCCAGUCUGCAUCUCUGAUGGCAUCGAGCAGGACUUUGCCCAGGUAUCCCACAUCCCCAUGCUGGACGCUCGUCCUGGAGCUUACGCCGGGGCGGUCAGCAGCAUCUGCUCUGCGGUUGUGUCCUGGCUGGAGACAAACUCCUUCGCUCAUCUGGACAAACUGCUCAAGAAGAAUCUGGAUAAUCAAGUGGAUGUCCCGGAUAUGAUGGAGAAACUCAGAGCAGUGAGGUUCUGGGCAGAAUAUGCGAAAACCUUUAUAUCUGUUAAGACCUUUCCACCCACAUUUGAAAAGUUAGAGGAUGCAGAAGGUAAGGCUGAAACCACAGGAAAGGAUCAGAAUGGAGCAGAAGAAGCCAAAGAAGGAGAGAAGGAGAUGAAGGAAGGGUCAGAGGGGGCAGGAAGUGAUGUCAAAGGUGAUAGUGGUGUUGCGGAAGUACAGACGGAGACGGGAAAGGAAGAUGAAGCGAAAGAAGAUAUCGGUAAAUCAGGUGAAGUGGGUACAGAUGGUAAAGAGGAUGUUGGACAGAUAACUGAAGAUCAGAAAGUGAAGACGAAAGAAGGAGAGAAGGAAGAACCAAAAGAUGGAGAGGAGAAGCCAACUUCUGAACCUGAAUGCCCACAUAAAGAUGGCGGAAGUGCGACACAGUCUGAGAAGACUUUCAAGUCAGCCACUGUAGUCUUCAGCUACCACCAGACCGACGUCAAGUUCGUCUACUUCCUCAAGCAACUCAUCAGCGCCUAUGCCCCUCAUCUUGUCCUCAAGUCCGAGUUCAAGACAGACCAGGCGCGACUGGACAGCCUGGAGGCAGCGGACAGCAUCAUCGCUCUCCUCUCGCCGAACUACAUCGAGUCUCCUCAGCAUGUCGAGGAGUUCCACAUGGGUCUCUGGAGGCAGCGUGUGAGCCCUGAGGAAGCCCCUCUCCUGGUGCCGGUCCAGGUGGCCCUCCUGCCCAAGCGGCCCACCUACUUCCAGCUGAUGGGAUAUCCAGUGAACUCCUGGGAUGCCAUGUGGGCCGACCUCUUGGGAGUGCAGAACAUCAGGUCACCCGCAGAGAUCGACAACUUCCGCCAUUCUCUAGUGAAGAAGAAGCUGCCAGCGAUCUCUCCAGAUGAAUUGCAUCCGAUGACAGAGGUUGCUCAGGUUGUGAUUUCUUCCAUCAAAGCUAGAAGGACAAUCAUCGUAGAGGAUCCGCCUCGUGUGCGACCAGCUCUUGUCAACACUGUCGUACUUCAGAAAGAGCUUGCGACACUCACACAGAAAACUGCACCAUCAUUAGAUCAGUGUCUGGUUGCUGUACCAACACCUGAGGAAGGAGCCUCAAAACCAUGCUCUAUCAUGUAAACAAACAUGAUGACUCAAAGUUGUGCAGGAGGGGCACUCACUACACAACACUUGCUGUAUAACAUAGAACAAAUAGAAAUGAAUGACAAAAUGAGGAGAAGAGGGAUUUUCAGGCAGAGCACUGAUCUCGGUUAGCUGACUAGCUUGCCUUCUUCAUUGUCAAGUGCUGGAAAUUAUAAAUCAAUUAGGAUGAAAUUGUUGUUUUUCAUACUAUUUUUAUUGAUAAUGUAUUACCGGUAUACAUAGAAGUGGAUCUCAAUGAAUUUCAGGGGGAGAAGGAGAGGGAGAAAGAGGAUGAAGAAGAGGAGGAGCAGCUUGAGGAUGAGGGGAAAGAGAAGGUGGAGGGGGAAGUGGAUCAGGAGGGAGGAGGGGGAUAAGAAAGAAGAGGAGGAGAUGGAGAUGGAUGAGACAGGGAAGAAUGUAAUGUAGAAAAAUGAAACUCCAUUGUUACCACUAUGCCAAAACAUAUACAGGUCUGAGCCAGUAAAAGGUGCCUAGAUGAAAUAAAACUGAAAUUACCUCAUUUUUGAUCAAAUUAGACUUCCAUUUUAUAUCAAUUUUAUUCAAUUGAAUCCUAGAUUGUAUCUCGCAUGGAUUUUCAUUCCAUCGUAUAUUGGAAAUGGGUGUAGGUAUAUUUAACAUGACUGAAAUAGUUUUAUUAUAGAUCUUUAUCAUCAUUUAUGCAAAAGUGACACAUAUCAAAUGUUAUAAAAAUCUCAGAUCAUGUAGCACACUGCCAAGUUAUUUGAAUUAUAUGGCAAGAAAACUACGUUAUAAGGAAUUCAAUUAAUGUUGAUUUUAAUCUGAGAGUAUAAAGUGAGAGAGAUAGAGAGAGAGAGAGAGAAUGGGAUGGGAUGUGGAGGAUUCAAGAGAAUUAGAGAUACUGAGGCGACCAAAUUUGACCAAAAACUUUAGUGUAACUGAUUCCAAUCUUGCUUGACCAAAUCUUGAAAACUAAUUAUUUAAUAAUUGUGACCAAACAAGUUUAAUUAUAGAUCUCUAUCAUCAUUUUUGCAAAAGUGAUACAUAUCAAUGUUAUAAAAAUCACAGAACAUGUAGCACACUGCCAAGUUAUUUGAAUCAUAUGGUAGGAAAACUAUAAGGAAUUCAAUUAAUGUUGAUUUUAAUCCGAGAUUAUGAAGUGUGAGAGAGAGAGAGAGAGAGAAAGAGAAAGAGAGAGAGAGAGAGAAUUUUGACCAAAUAUCAGUGUAACUAAUUCCAAUGUUUUUAUUGACCAAAUCUUGACAACAAAUUUUCAAAUAAGUGUGACCAAAUCUACAGGUAUAUGUAGGAUCAUAUGAGCAAUACCGGUACUGCCAAUAGAGGUAAUCAUGAUAUUCACAUGGAAUUUUAGUCAUUUAGAUUUAUCUUCAUAAUUUUUUUAUUUUUUAUUGAAGUGCUGUAUGGAUCUGAAAUCAGGCCAUUUCUUAUUUUACAAAACAUAAAACCUUCAUUAUGUUUGUGAGUUAUUCAUGUAAAAUGUAUGUUUACAUGAAGAAUACUGUGUUUCAAUUAGGUAUUUCAAUAUCAGGACUGUACAGUAUAUACAUUUUUGAAACAAUUUAUCAAUUUACAAUGUAGUCUUUAAAGACAGGUAAUUACUUACUUGUUGUGAAGAAAAGAAUGAUUUUCUCAAUGAAUAUUCCAUCACCAAGUAGAUGAACCUCUUCCGUGAUACAGUGGAGC